GAGCAUUACAUAUUCUCUCUACAUGGGGAAGCAUUGUGUUUGUAUUCAAGUGUGCGCUGCAUGUGGUGGGAGGGAGAUGAGAUCAUAGACAUCUGCGAGAUAAUGACUGAUGGGAGUUGAGAGCAGCAUAGCAUUAGGGCAGCUAGCAAAUCAAUAGCGUCUGCAGACGAAUAGGAUUUUUACAUUACAGUUCCAUUGCAGUCAAUGUGUAGCAUGUGAAAUUUCUCAUAUCCAGGAUUACUUUUCUUUUUAGAUAUUUUUCUCUUCAUAUACUUUAUGGGGGCAGUGUAAAAAACAUUUUGCUCUGGUUGUUUUUUUUAUUGUGUCCGUUUUUGAGUGAGACAGCAUCCACACUGCUUGGAGACAGAUUACCAUGCUGGGUUUGGAUGUAUGUGAGUUUGGCAGCCAGCUCCUGGAACUUAUGUGGUUGACAGUAUGCUACAAAGAUAUUUUGGCAGAAAAGGAUCCAGAGCUGUAUCCUGUCGAAGAGGAUGCCUUGGUUGACUCAAGCUACAGAGCACCGGCACAGAAAACACUGAAAGAAAUUCAGGAGAUGGACAAUGAUGAUGAGAGUUUGAAUAAGUACAAACAUACUCUUCUUGGCCGUGGUCCUCUAGAUAUAGAUCCCAAAACUCCCAACGUUCAAGUAACAAGUUUGACCCUGGUCAGUCCUACUGCACCUGAGCCCAUUUUCAUGGAUCUAGCAGGUGACCUGGCAGCUCUAAAGAAGAAGACCUUUGUGUUGAAGGAAGGUACAGAAUACAGAUUGAAAAUUAACUUUAAAGUUAACAGAGAAAUUGUUUCAGGCUUAAAGUAUGUCCAUUUUACAUGCAAGGGCCGUUUGCAGGCAAGUAAGGACACCUAUAUGGUUGGCAGCUAUGGCCCUAGAGCAGAUGAGUAUGAGUUUAUAAGUCCAGUUGAAGAAGCACCCAAAGGAAUGAUGGUGAGGGGCAUGUACACCAUGAAGUCCCAUAUCACAGAUGAUGACAAAAGUGACCACCUGCACUGGGAAUGGAAGCUCAAUAUAAAGAAAGAUUGGAAGGACUAAUACCUGCUCACUUUGAAAUGAGUAACCAGGAUUACUGUCCUUUGGUACCAAAGUUACUUUAAGGCUUUUUAAUUACUGUUCCUAAUUGUGUACAUCAUUAUAUGUGCAAAAGUAACUAUUUGUCUGCAAACCUGUUGUUUUUAGUACAAGUGCUUUCGGUAGUUAUGUGUGUUCUGGUGUUUAUAAUGGUGAUAUGAAGAUCUAUAUCAAAAUACUGACUAUUCAAAAAUGGUUACAUGUAAACAUGGAUAUGAGAAUGAUUAACUUGUUCUGAGCGGCUAACAAUAUAUGAUGUAAUAACAUUCAUAAUGUCAAUAGUGAAUAAAUGAAUAAUGCAUUCAGUAGAACACUGGAUAUGUCUCUAAGCUUUGCACUCAGUCCCAAGUUCUAUAAUGCAUUCUGCUUCUUCAUAAAAUAUUAGCAGAUGUAAACUUGAAAUAAAAACAAAAAAUGAUGAAAGUGUGCAUUAAGUUAAUUGGCAUCUAAAAAAAAGGAAGACAUUUCAAGAUGUAACACUUCAUCAGAAUUGCAGAUAAGUGCUCUGAAUUCUCUUAUAUUUUCUGCAAUAGUUGAAGUUUAUUUCCAUGGUGUAAAAGCACCUGAUAUGUAGUUAAAAAUAAUAUUUUAAACUUUAAAUGGCAAAAAUAAAUAUCUGAUGAAUUAUCAAAGUAAACAAGUUAAAUAAUCAAAUUGAAUAGUCACUUUACAACUUUACAACUGACACCUUUACUAUUAACUACAGUAAUUACACUUGAAAAGUACUUCAAUGCUGUGAAGCAUAUUGGGAUGCCCAGAGGUUGUGAAAGGCACUAUAUAAAUGCUUCUUUCUGUCUUUUAAAUUUUUUUUUGAGAUUUUCACAUCAAAGCUGCAUUUAUCAUGUAAUAUCCCUAGUAUUGAAUAUAGAAUUAUUUGUUAAUGUCAGACAUUCUUCAUAUCUAGAAACUUUAGAGUUUUGUACUAUCAAAACAUAUGUUCCUUUUCUCUGUGCACACAAAUAACUUCUGCUUAAGGUACAAAAUUGGAGAAACUGAAAUGUUAUUGCCUCGUUGUGAUUUUUUUUCUUGAUUUUGCCUUCCACAAAGUCUAAUUCAUUCAGAUAGCUCUUUUGUGAUUAUUGUGGUUAAGGCAGCAUGUUAAAUAGUAUGAAAAUGUAUGUUAAAGUGCAGAGGAGUGUAACACAAUGGAGCUAAUGCAAUUCACUUUCCAGCUUUCGCUGUUGUGUCUAUCUCUGAGGAUCAAGUAUGUAGCUUACAAAUUCACCUUCCUAUUGACCUCUUUAAUUUCAGAGCUCUUUGGGGUAUUGUAGUAAGGUUCUGAAAAUGUUAUAAGAUUCAAAUCUGAAAAACAUAGUGCCCUUGUUAACUGCAAUCAAGGUUUCAUUGUGUGAUCAACCUGUUCUACUCAGUUACAAACAUUCGGUCUUCUUGUGGGAUUAUAAUUUUUCUGUGACCUGUAUCUAAAGGGAUGAUGCUUCAAAUAAAGACUGGGCAUGAACAGGA